GGAGGGGUGGGGCCGGCCACAGUGGACCCCCCACCACAACCCUGCCUCUGUCUGCCAAAGGCCUUGUUCAGAAGGUGCUUCUGGAAGGGGCAACCCUGUGCACCCUUUUGGUUUGGGGGUCACGAAGGGCAGAGAGGCCUGCUGCCCAUGGAGUUGGAACGCCGUGACAGGUGGCAGCACCCCCAAGUCCCAGGGAGCCCCAGGCAGAGCGGCCGUCAUUGGUGGGGGUGGCGCCUGCCUGGCAUCGCCUCUCUGCAGGAGACGAGCGCUGCUCCUAGAGCCAGACUACGCACGGGUCUGCGGUUUUGACCGUUGCUCUUUUUUCUAGUAACACGAAGGGAGGGGCUCCUGGUGUUGGCGGAUUCAUGCCCUUCGGAUUCUCCGGCGUGCUGUCAGGGGCUGCGACUUGCUUCUACGCCUUCGUGGGCUUUGACUGCAUUGCCACCACAGGCGAGGAGGUCAAGAACCCGCAGAAGGCCAUCCCCGUGGGCAUCGUCGCCUCCCUCCUCAUCUGCUUCAUCGCCUACUUCGGGGUGUCAGCCGCCCUCACGCUCAUGAUGCCGUACUUCUGCCUGGACAAGGACAGCCCCCUGCCCGACGCCUUCAAGCACGUGGGCUGGGAAGGCGCCAAGUACGCGGUGGCCGUGGGCUCCCUCUGCGCGCUUUCUACCAGUCUUUUAGGCUCCAUGUUUCCUAUGCCUCGAGUUAUCUACGCCAUGGCCGAAGAUGGACUGCUGUUUAAAUUUUUGGCCAAAAUCAACGAUAGGACCAAAACACCGAUAAUCGCCACGUUAACCUCCGGUGCCAUCGCUGCUGUGAUGGCCUUCCUCUUUGACCUGAAGGACCUGGUGGACCUCAUGUCCAUCGGCACCCUCCUGGCCUACUCUUUGGUGGCUGCCUGCGUGUUGGUCUUACGGUAUCAGCCAGAGCAGCCUAACCUGGUGUACCAGAUGGCCAGAACGUCCGACGAGCUGGAUCAGGUAGAGCAGAGCGAACUGGGCAGCACCAACGACUCCCAGACGGGCUUCCUGCCGGAAGCGGAGAUGUUUUCUUUGAAAGCCAUACUCUCACCCAAAAACAUGGAGCCUUCCAAACUCUCUGGGCUGAUAGUGAACAUUUCAACCAGCCUCAUAGCCACUCUUAUCAUCAUCUUCUGCGUCGUGGCCGUGCUCGGGAAGGAGGCUCUGACUCAAGGGAAGCUGUGGGCAAUCUUGGUGCUCACGGGAUCUGUCCUCCUCUGCACCUUGGUCACCGGCAUCAUCUGGAGGCAGCCUGAGAGCAAGACCAAGCUCUCGUUCAAGGUGCCCUUCCUGCCCGUGCUACCCAUCCUCAGCAUCUUCGUGAACGUCUAUCUCAUGAUGCAGCUGGACCGGGGCACCUGGGUGCGGUUUGCCGUAUGGAUGCUCGUGGGCUUUGGCAUCUACUUUGGCUACGGUCUGUGGCACAGCGAGGAGGCGUCCCUGGCAGCCGACCAAGCAAGGACUCCUGACGGCAAUUUGGACCAGUGCAAGUGACGCGCAGCCCUGCCCCCUGUAGGGGGCAGCAGCCCCGAGGGACACCCCAGGAGACAGGGAGGCCCCCCGCCCUCCCCGCCAGUGUAACAAGAACCACCCACACCCACGACGCCCCCAACGCAGCCGCAGGUGCGAUUACUUGAAGCGCAGCCACAGCCCGCAGCUCAGUGUCCUGCCCAGACCUGGCUCUGCGGCCCCGGUCACCUCCAGACAGCCCUCUGGCCGGGGCCACCUGGCUGUGGCUGGCCACCGUGUCUCCUCCCUUCUCUUUGAACGAGCUCUUCUCCUCGUCAGCUCAGCAACCUGCUGCCUCGCUCGGCAGGACAGACAGGUCAUCUCCUUAUCUCGGGUGCCAGGCACCCCCGCCCUGAGGACUGCUUUGGAUGGAAAAUGUGCAUACUCCAAACUCCCAGUAGCCAGCUCCCCUUCAGUCCCACGGUAGCCAGAGACGAGAGACAGUACCACAAAACGGUGUCCCCAGCAGCCCCACCCCCAGAGCCGAAGGACAGCUGUGUACUUAAAAAGGAACAACAGGACCAUUUCCUUCUCCCG